AUUUUAGGGGGAUUUUUUUAUUGAAUCAAACCUCAGGGUUCUAUGAACCGAAAAGAAAAUACAAAACCAUUUCAGUAGAGAUCGAGUCGAAGCAAAAACAAAAAAUUGAGGUGAAAAUGGGAAGGGAAGUUUCAGAGAGCUGCGUUGAUAGUCUGUUAACUGAAAUGGUAUCAACCUAUUGCAAUCGGUUCUACGCUAAUAAGCCUGAGCUCGCCGCGCGUCGGAUCGAAGCCAUUGGUUAUCAGGUCGGCCAUCAGCUCUCCGAACGGUAUACGAUGGAGAGGCCACGCUUUAGUGAUCAUCUGGAGGCAAUAAAGUUCAUCUGCAAGGACUUUUGGUCUGAACUCUUCAAGAAACAGAUAGACAAUUUGAAGACAAAUCAUAGAGGUACAUUUGUAUUGCAGGAUAAUGGGUUUCGCUGGCUUUCGCGUAUUUCACUCGAUCCAUCCCUGGAAAAUGCAGAAUCUCAAGAUCCUUCUGCUUCAACCGAAAGCAAGGCAGCACAAGCAACCAGCAUGCAUCUCUAUUUCCCUUGUGGAAUCAUAAGAGGAGCUCUUUCAAACUUGGGAAUUCCUUGUGCAGUUUCUGCUGACAUAUCCAACCUUCCUGCAUGUUCGUUUGUGGUCCGGAUAAAGGCCUGAUGAACAGUUGAGCACAAGUGUGGGAUUAGAGCCGGGGCUUGAAGCAUGUAGUGAUCUGUUUUCUCCCUAUACAGCUGAUGCAUAAAACUGUAUUUGAUUUGAAAAUUUCUAGAUAUCCCUUUGAAAAUAUCCAUUGUGUAGCUCAUGAAUAUUUGGGAGGAACUUCUGUUGCACAAGUAAACUUGAAAUCUGGGUGCAGAUAUUGUGAAGCUCUAUGAUAAUUGAUGACAACAACUGUUGUUGAGUGUCAAUAUUAAAAGUCAAAAAUGCCUUUUGUUUUUUGGGUUUUGAGUGAUAGUGUAAGAAUUUGGACUCAUUUUUCCACAA